CAUUUCUCCUUUUUCCUGGUGAUGAUGCAUCAGCGCGCUCUGGUUGGCUUGCUGGCGUGUCUCGUUCUGUCUGCCGCGGGUCCGUCGCUCGCUGGGCUCAUUCCGGGCUUUCGUCCGCCGUCGGUGCCGCUCGCCGUCGUCGACCCGUACUUUUCCAUCUGGUCGCCCUACGACAACCUGACUGACGGCUGGUCGACCCACUGGACUGGCCAGGUCAUGGCGCUCGCUGGUGGCUUGCGCAUCGACAACACGGCAUACCGCUUUUUGGGACCUCAGGGCGGUGGCAUCAACGCUCCCGCCAUGCAACAGACCUCCGUUCAGGUCUUCCCGCUGUCGACAGUCUACUCGUUCACGCAAGCCGGCGUUCGCCUUGAUGUCACUUUCGCAACGCCCGCGUUUGUCGACGAGGAAGAGUCCAUGUCCAUUCCCCUGACCUAUGUCACUUUUGCCGUUCGUUCCGUUGAUGGCCGCGCACACACGGUCGACCUGUACUUUGAUCACACUGCCGAGCUGGCCGUCUCCGACCCAAGCCACUCUGUUGUCUGGGGUUCGCUCAACAACGCGCCGUCGGAUGUCAUUCUUCGUGUUGGUACUCAGGCCCAGAACAUUCUUGGACAAACUGGCGACGGCGUCAAGAUCGACUGGGGCUUUGCCUACUUGUCUGCGCCCAAGGACCCCCAGCUCGCCAGCACGCUUGCCUCAUCCGCGCUUGCCCGCAACGCCUUUGCCGCUGGCAGCAGCUUGCCUGCCGUCGAUACCAACCAACCCCGCCCUUGCAACCAGGACUGGAUUGUUCUUGCGCUGCGCUGGACUGGCCUCGCAGUUCCGGCGUCUGGCAGCGUCGUCUCGCGUUUCCUCUCGCUGUCCUACGACGACGUCUACUCGAUCAACUACUUUGGCCGCCUGCUGCCCCCGCUGUGGUCCUACACGAUUGGUGACAUUUCCACCGUCAUCCAGCUCAUGCACCGCCAGUACCAGACCUACACGGCCAACAUUCAGGCCCGCGACCAGCAACUCUUGGCGUGGCUCGACAAGCGCGGCUCGGACGCCUACACGACCUCGCUGGCGCUGGCGUACCGCCAAACCACCGGCGCCACCAAGUUCACCAUCGACCCUGCCACCAAGGAAGUGUUCCUGUUCAUGAAGGAGAUUAGCAGCGAUGGCGACGUCAGCACCGUCGAUGUCAUCUUCCCUGCCGCCCCGUUCUUCCUGGCUCUCAACCCGACUCUGGUGACCAAGCUGAUGCUGCCCGUCCUCAAGUACGGCAACAACGAGACGAGCAUUCCUUACAACCUGGCCUGGGCACCUCAUCACCUCGGCACAUGGCCCGUUUGCAACAUUGCCCCUGGCCAACAGGAACAGAUGCCCAUCGAGGAGUCUGGCAACUUGCUGCUCAUGAUUGCCGCGGCUGCCCAGCGCAACGUCUCGCUGGACUACCUCCAGCCUUAUUGGCCUCUUCUGCAGACCUGGGCCGACUUUUUGGUGGCGAGCCUCCCGUACCCAGGCAACGAGCUGUGCACGGAUGACUUCGAAGGCCCAAGCCCCAACAACACCAAUCUCAGUGUCAAGGGCAUUUUGGGCAUUGGUGCAUACAGUCUGCUUCUCGGCCUGAACAACGACCAUGUCGGUGCUGCCAAGUAUUUCGCCAUCGCUCAAAACUACGUUCAGACCUGGCUGACGGCUGCCAACGCGACCGACCAUUACAACCUGCAGUUUGGCUUGCCAUCGAGCUGGUCGUUCAAGUACAACAUGAUCUAUGAUCGCAUUCUCAACCUCGGCCUGUUCCCAGCCAGUGUCAUGCAAACCGAAGAAGCCUACUAUGCCAAGCAGAUGAAGGCGUAUGGCAUCCCGAUGGAUUCGCGUGCCACGUUCACCAAGACGGACUGGGAGUCGUACAUUGCUGCGAUGGGCACCAACGAUCAAUUCCUCGCUAUUUACAACAAGAUUUAUCUGUUCUUGCACAACACGACCCCUCGUGUGCCGUUUACUGACUGGUACGAAACGACGACCUCUGCCCAGAAAGGCUUCCAAGCGCGUCCCGUUGUUGGCGGCUUGUACUCGCGCGAGCUCUUCCCGUGAUGCAGGUUCUUGGCUAUUUCAAUGUCUUGUUUCUGUUGCUCGGACGUUGGUUGCACACCUCAAUGUUGCAAUAAAUCAGGCACUAGCACAUUUUCAUUCUGGAA